CGAUAAGUUUUGGAUCUUCAACUCUCCUCUCCGACCGAACCACCACGCGACACAGAACAGCAGAGCACUGCUUACUCGGCGCGCUCGUCACAAUGCCUUCCACAUACAAGAAGGAUAAGCCGUGGGACACGGACGACAUUGACAAAUGGAAGGUCGAGGAAUUUAAACCCGACGACAACAUCGGCGGCAGCUUUGCCGAGGAAUCCUCGUUCGCAACGCUAUUCCCGAAAUACCGCGAGGUGUACCUGAAAGAGGCGUGGCCGGUGGUGACCAAGGCGCUGGAGAAGCAGGGGAUCGCAUGCACGCUGGACUUGGUGGAAGGUAGCAUGACGGUCAAGACGACUCGCAAGACGUUUGAUCCGGCGGCAAUCCUCAAGGCGAGGGACUUGAUCAAGCUGUUGUCACGUAGUGUUCCAGUGCAGCAGGCGUUGAAAAUCCUCGACGAUAACAUGGCAUGCGACAUCAUCAAGAUCCGCAACCAAGUGCGCAACAAGGAACGAUUCGUCAAGCGACGCCAACGCAUCCUCGGCCCGUCGGGGUCGACGCUCAAGGCCCUCGAACUCCUAACAGAAACAUAUAUCCUCGUGCAGGGCAACACGGUAGCGGUGAUGGGCCCCUUCCGUGGCCUGAAGGAGGUCCGCCGCGUGGUGGACGACUGCAUGGCCAACAUCCACCCCAUCUACCACAUCAAGGAGCUGAUGAUCAAACGUGAGCUGGCCAAGGACCCGACCCUCGCCACCGAAUCGUGGGACCGCUUCCUCCCCAACUUCAAAAAGCGUACCCUCUCCAAACGCCGCGUCCCCUUCAAGGUCGCCGACAAGGCCGCAAAACCUUACACGCCCUUCCCGCCUGCCCCGGAGAAGAGCAAGGUCGACCUCCAGAUCGAGUCGGGCGAGUACUUCCUCUCGAAACAGGCCAAGGAGCGCGCCCAGAAGGAGGAGGUAAUGGAGCGCCAGCGCCUCAAGCGCGAGGAGAAGAUGAAGGAGCGGGAGAAGGAUUUUGUCGCCCCCGAAGAAGAUGCCGAGAAGAAGGAAAAGAAGGAGAAGAAGGAAAAGAAAGAAAAGAAGGAGAAGAAGGAGAAGAAGGAAAAGUCGAAGCGGAAACGCGAGGCGGAAGACGAAGGCAGCCAGAAGAAGAGCAAAACGGAUUGAUUCAUG